AUGGAACAAGCAAGGGAAAGUACUCCAUCGAAGGGACGUCGCAGCGUUGAAAAAACAAUUUCUCGAGAAAUGAAGUACGAGAUAACAGGAAGUAAUGGUAAUAUCGAUGAUAAUAUAGAAUAUAUCGAUUCAGUGAGUACAACUGACUUCGGAUACGGUAUCACAGGAGAAGGAAUUUCGAAAAUUAUAUAUGAUCAUCCCAAAGAUGAAUUAAUUAAUUAUAAAAGACGUAUAGAUGCAAAUGCUGAGCAACAACGUGAACAUGCUGAUAUAAUGGCCGCAUUGCAGCAUAAAAUUGAGCAAUACCGGCAACGAUUUGCGGAAAUCGAAGGAAGAUUGGCGGUGCGUGAAUUGGAUGAUUCGGGUGAUUUGGCACGUAUGAAACUAAGUGAGGAAUGGUUGCUCAGUUCAAAAUUUAAAACGCAAGAAAUUGACGAUGCAGAAUUUGCAAGCCAAUUAGAACAUGAACAUAGAAGAGCAGAAGAGUUGGCUAUACAAUUGCAGCAAGAACGUCUUCAAAAUGAUCAAUUACAAGGUGAAAUUCAACGUUUGCGCCAUCAAUUUGGUAUCAGUAUCCGUGACAAGGAAAGAAUUUAUCAAACACGAGAACGGAAUCUUACACGUUAUUUGAAUGAAGAGCAGCGUAAAAUGAUGGAAUUGUGGUCAGAGUUACAACGCGUACGCAAACAAUGUUCAGAAUACAGGGAACAAACGGAACGUGAUCUAGAAAAUCAACGUAAUGAAUUCAUCAAAGUAAUUCGACACGUAAGCGGUCUUGUCCGUGGACUUAAUGUUGAGAGUGGUACACAUACAAUAUUAUCGGAUUUAUCGAGUGAAAGUGGAGUAGAUAUUACGCAGGAUACGGUACUCAUCGAAGCGGUCAAACGUUUCCACGAUUCACAACAACAAGCAGUUCCGGUAAUUGGACCAGAAUUGAUCACUGAACUUCGGUUAGCUCGUUCCGAAGAUGCUGGUCUACACGAUGAACUUAUGAGAAAAUAUGAGGAAAGUGCGAGGCGAAUCAUUGAAUUAGAGAACCGUGAUGAUGAAAGUCACAAUAAAUUGGUUGCUUUAGAAAGUGAUCUGAAACGUACACGUGAUCGUCUUACUGAGAGCCAGAAUGCUCUUCAUAAAUUGUAUGAUAUGACGCAGGAUUAUGAAAUUGACGGUAAAAAAAAGACAAGAUCAUCAUCACCAGCGAAAGGUUAUGUUCCACCGCCUGAGGUUGUUCGUAGCGUUCGUUACGUUUUAAACAGCCGUAACAAUGAUAAUAACGUGUUACAACGUAAAUUAAAAAAUGCUGAAGUUCAGAUUGGCGAACUUACAACCAAAUGUGAUUCACUUGAAGAAAUUCGUCAUCGUUUGGAAAAGCAAAUUGCUGAAGCAAAUCGAACAUUAACGAAUCGUGAAAGAGAUUUGGAUGAUGCGAAGCAUACAGUGAAGAAUCUGGAAGAUCGUUUGAAAAAUCUUGAACAGGAAAAGUUAUCCAUCGAAAGCGCACGCCGUCAUCUUGAAGAAGAAAUUCGGAAAAUGAAAGAACAAUUCAACAACACUCUGUUAGAUGUGGAGCGAAGAGCUGCUGAGGAUGCAGAUGAUCGUAUCCGAAAAAUCGAAGAGGAUACUAAAAUACGCAUAAGUGAACUCACCGGUCGGAUUGAAACACUCCUGGAAGAAAAUAAAAGGUUGAAAGAUGAAACUGAUGGAAUGAAAAAUCGAAUUCAAGAUUUCGAAAAAGAAUACAAUGAGAUUGUGAGGAAAUUGGAAGAAAAAGAUAAUGCAUUAAAAAAUUUGGAGAGUACACGUCAACGUUUGGCUAAUGAAUUAGAAGAACAACGUGUACGGUUUGAUACAGUAACCAGUGAAUUUGACAAUCUACGAACAAAUUACGAUAGCGCCAACAAGAAUACGGUAGCUAUCGAAUUAACAGUAAAAGAAAUCAAAAAACAACGUGAUGAAAUUAUAAAGCAAAAGGAUGCGUUGACGAAAGCGCUUGCUGAUUUGGAAAAUAAACUGAAUAUUGAAGCAAAAGCGCGUACUGAUGCCGAAAAGCUUAACCAAUGCCAUUUGGAUGAAAUCAAUAAUUUCAAGAAACAAAUCAAUGAAUAUUUAACUGAAGUGACAGUUAUUCGGCGUCAAAAUGACGAUUUCGAUACGCAACUAAAAACAAAUCAGGCUAAAUUAACAAGCACGGAAAAUUCUUUGAUUGCUGCAAAAAAGGAAAUGGAAAAAUUAUCGGAAAUGAAUAAUCGUUUACAACAAGAUAAGAACGAACUCAACAGUGCAAAACAAAAGAGUGAGACGGAAUUUAAUUUACUCAAUGAAAGAAUUCGUAAAUUGGAGCAAGAAACUGAACGUAUUAGGAAAGAUAAUAAGGAAUUGGAGGAUCAUGAACGUGUGGCACGUGAUGAUCUGAAACAAGAAACGAAUCGUAAUCAUCUUCUUAAGAAGGAACUCGAAGAAGCUCAAUCUGAAAUCAUCGCACUAAAUGAGAGCAAAAGUGAAAAGGUUCUUAUAAAGCAUGAAACGGAAAUUUACGAGGUUAACAGAUACAAAACUGAAUUGGAGAAACUUGAAAGUGAUAAAGAUGAUUUGGAAAAACGUAUGGUGUUUUUGCAAGAUGAGCUUAAUGAGAAAGAUCAAUAUAUUGAUCGAUUGAAUGCUGAGAUCGCUGAACUAAAGCAUAAAUUAGAAACUGAAAUUGCAAAAGUUCGGAAGGAAACAACAAUGGUGCAAGAAAAAUAUCAUAUCGAUUUGGAUGAAGAAAAAGACAACCAUCAAAAGAAGAUUGAUUCGAUGAAUGCUUUGGUGGAAGAAUUACGCAUUAAAUUAAAUGACGCUGAACGAGCAAUGACUGAUUUACAAAAUCGUGAUAGCAUUCUGGAACGUGAGAAUAACGAUUGGAAGGAAAAAUUUGAUGCAUUAAAUAUGGAGUUGGAUUCUUUACGUAAUGAAUUAUCACUUGUACGACGUGAUGCCGAAAAAGAAAUUAAUCGUUAUAGUAUCGAUUUCCAAACAGCCCGUAAUGAAAUUAAAUUGCUCUCUUCAACCAAUACCGAAAUGAAAUCACAACUUGCCGCUGCAGAAGAUAAGAUUAAUUCGUUGAAUAAAAUUAUCACCGAUCAACAGAAUAAAAUUCGCGAUUUAACGAGUGAAAUUCGUCAUCUGGAAGGUGAAAUUAACGAUGCGAAAGGAAAUAUAGCAAAUUUAGAAUCUGAAUUGGAUGCUGCUCGAGAACGGAUUCAUCUGCAGGGAGAGCAAUAUGCUUCACUUCAAGCCGAACUUAACAAAAUGAAAAGUGACAUGGAUUCAUUGAUUACUGAAAAUGAUAUACUCAAGACUACUAAAGAAUCAAAUGAAAUUGAAAUAGAUCGUUUAAAACAAAAGCUUCAGCGAACAAUUGAGAAUGCUAAAAAACAUGCCGAUGCUCUUGAAAAACUUCGUCCUGAGCAUGAACGCCUACAAAAUUCACAUGAUGGAAAAGUAAGGGAAGUGGAAAAUUUAAUGCAAACAAUCCAAAAUUUGGAAUUACGAUUGAAUCAAUCACGUCGAGAACUUCGGGAUGCAACUGAUAAGCUAAUAGUUAGCGAAGGUGAUCGCAAUGCGCUUCGAAGUGAAAUUGAAAAAUUACAAAAUGAGGUGCAAUUUUUGCGUGAACAAUUUCUUCGUAAAACGGAUGAAUAUCAGGCAGCAUUGAAUGAUCUCGUAAGCACUCAUCGAAGUGCCGAAGAGGGUCGUGUUAAUGCUGUACAGGAAUUGGAAGCUCGCAAGUAUGAAGUCAAUGAUUUACAA